AUGGCCCGCACUUCUGGAGGCCGCCUUGCUGCCGCCGUCUCCAAUGCCGGCGGCCUGGGCGUCAUCGGCGGCUUUCAAUACACGCCGGACCAGCUGCGCGAGAUUGUUGCCGAGCUCAAGGCGAAUCUGAAGAGCCCUGACCUGCCUUUUGGCGUCGAUCUGGCUCUGCCGCAGGUGGGAGGAAAUGCACGCAAGACGAAUCACGACUACACGCACGGCAAGCUGGACGAGCUGAUUGACAUCACCAUUGACAGCGGCGCGAAGCUGUUUGUCUGUGCGGUUGGCGUGCCGCCAAAGCACGUCCUCGAGAAGCUUCACAAGAACGGCAUCCUGGUGAUGAACAUGGUGGGGCAUCCAAAACACGCCGUCAAGGCUCUGGACCUGGGCGUGGAUAUCGUGUGCGCCCAGGGUGGCGAAGGAGGCGGUCACACAGGCGAUGUCGCCAACUCGGUCCUGAUUCCGGCCGUCGUCGACGUGGCAAAGAGGUACAAGCCGCCCAUGCUCCAGGGCUCACCGGCUCUCGUCGUUGCUGCAGGCGGCAUCUGCAAUGGACGCGGCCUGGCCAGUUCGCUGAUGCAGGGCGCCGUGGCCGUCUGGGUGGGCACGCGGUUCCUCGCCUCGGACGAGGCUGGAUGCAGCGAGGAGGCUAAGAAGGCGGUGGUGACGUGCGGCUUUGAAGGCACGGAGCGGACGUUGGUGAUGACGGGCCGGCCGCUGCGGAUGAGGACCAAUGGCUACAUCCAGAGCUGGCAUGACCGGCCAGAGGAGAUUAAGAAACUCGUGGGCAAGGGCGUCAUUCCGAUGGAGCAUGAUUUGGACGAGGGCCGAGACAUUGAUAUUCCGCAUUUGAUGGGGCAGGUUGCGGGUGCGAUUGACAAGAUUCAGCCGGCGGGGGAGAUUGUUGCGGAGAUGGUGCAGGAGGCGGUUGACAUGUUGAAGCUGGGAGGGACGUAUUUGGCGGCGAAGAGCCGUUUGUAA